AUGAACGUGGUCACUCUGAUCCGCAAUGCGCAAUACGUCGAAGCCGUUCGGCUGCUUGAAGAUUGUGGACCAGAGGUCCGCGACGAAGGCAUCUUUCUUCUUGUCGACCUUCUACAGUUGACAAUGGUUCCUCACUGGCUUCAGCUGUUGGCUAAUCUAGCACUGAGCCUCUACAGCGAACAUAGUGAGGCUUCAGAGGCAUACUUGACGAAGGCUCAGGAACUCUACAACAAGACUACCUCCGAGAUGUGUUUCCCGUGGCUGCUCCGUCAGUUGCCCGUCGUUGUUGAACACAUCGCGCUGUCCCGCGCGCGCGUCUCGCCCUCCAGACCGGAAAAUUGGCCUGGGAUUGAUGCGCCCGGGCUGCGCCUCACUCAGACGCAAAUCGAUGACUACUUCAAGCCUACUUCCGUCAUCCAGAUGCUUGGGACCGGCCCCAGGAUAAACGCGGCCUGA